GUGUUGUGUUGGGUGGUGGUGGUGAGAGGAGGGGGUGGGGUGUGUGCGCGGGGGUGGUCGUCUCGCGCCGGGACCGGAUCACGCGCGCGCGCGCGCGAUGGCCACGCUACCACGUGCGGCGCCGGGCCCGUCUCCGGCCGCCGCGGCGCUGCUCCCGCUCCCGCGCGCCGCGCCGCUGCUGGCGGGGCGUGCGGCCGCGCGCUCCGCGGCAAGGAGGCUCAGGGCUAGGGGGACGAGGGGGCCGGCGCUCGCGGCCGCGCGCCGCGGGUGGGGUGUCUCCUCCCCGCGCGCCGUGCUCGACCUGCCACGACGGGAGGCCGCCGGGAAGCCCGUGCAGAAGGCUGCGGAUUUGAAUGAUAUCUUAUCAGAACGUGGCGCUUGUGGUGUUGGAUUUGUCGCAAACUUGAAAAAUGAGCCUUCAUUCAAUAUUGUUCGGGAUGCCCUUGUGGCUCUUGGGUGCAUGGAGCACCGUGGUGGUUGUGGAGCAGACAAUGACUCCGGUGAUGGGUCAGGACUGAUGAGUGGCAUCCCAUGGGACUUGUUUGAUGACUGGGCCAACAAGCAAGGGCUUGCUCCUUUGGACAGAAAAAAUACAGGUGUAGGAAUGGUCUUCCUUCCACAAGACGAGAAUUCCAUGGAAGAAGCCAAAGCUGUUGUUGAAAAGGUAUUCACAGACGAAGGCCUUGAGGUUCUUGGCUGGAGGCCUGUUCCUUUUAAUGUAUCGGUGGUAGGUCGCUAUGCAAAAGAAACCAUGCCUAAUAUACAACAGGUAUUUGUGAAAGUUGCAAAAGAAGAUAAUGCUGAUGACAUAGAGAGAGAGUUAUAUAUCUGCCGAAAGCUGAUAGAGAGGGCCACAAAAUCUGCUAGUUGGGCAGAUGAACUUUAUUUCUGCUCUUUGUCAAGCAGAACUGUAGUCUACAAGGGAAUGCUUCGAUCUGAGAUUCUUGGACAAUUUUAUUUGGACCUUCAGAAUGAACUCUACAAAUCUCCUUUUGCCAUAUACCAUCGCAGAUACAGUACCAAUACAAGCCCUAGAUGGCCUCUUGCACAACCAAUGAGGUUACUAGGACACAAUGGAGAGAUUAAUACAAUACAGGGGAAUUUGAACUGGAUGAGAUCAAGGGAAUCCACACUACAAUCUCCUGUAUGGCGUGGGCGUGAGCAUGAAAUACGCCCAUUUGGUGACCCUAAAGCAUCUGAUUCAGCGAACCUUGACAGCACUGCUGAAUUACUGCUAAGAAGUGGUAGAAGUCCUGCUGAAGCUCUUAUGAUUCUUGUUCCUGAGGCAUACAAGAACCAUCCCACAUUGUCAAUAAAAUAUCCUGAGGUAAUCGACUUUUAUGACUACUAUAAAGGUCAAAUGGAGGCUUGGGAUGGACCUGCUUUGCUCUUAUUUAGUGAUGGAAGGACAGUAGGAGCAUGUCUUGAUCGAAAUGGGCUCCGGCCAGCACGCUAUUGGAGAACAUCGGAUGAUUUUGUUUAUGUUGCAUCUGAGGUUGGGGUUAUACCAAUGGAUGAGUCGAAGGUAGUAAUGAAAGGAAGAUUGGGUCCUGGAAUGAUGAUAACGGUUGACUUACAGACUGGCCAGGUGCUUGAAAACACAGAAGUAAAGAAGAGUGUGGCUUCAGUAAACCCCUAUGGAUCUUGGUUGCAGCAAAGUACACGUUCAAUAAAGCCUGUCAACUUCCAGUCAUCUGUUGCUAUGGAUAAUGAAACAGUCUUGAGACACCAGCAGGCCUUUGGGUAUUCCAGUGAAGAUGUUCAGAUGGUAAUUGAAACAAUGGCUUCACAAGGGAAGGAGCCAACAUUUUGUAUGGGCGAUGACAUUCCAUUAGCCGUGUUGUCACAAAAGCCACACCUGCUAUUUGAUUAUUUCAAACAGCGGUUUGCACAAGUUACAAAUCCUGCUAUUGAUCCCCUCAGAGAAGGUUUAGUUAUGUCUCUUGAAGUCAAUAUUGGUAAAAGACGCAAUAUCUUGGAAGUUGGCCCUGAAAAUGCUGAUCAGGUUACCUUAUCAAGUCCUGUGCUUAAUGAAGGUGAACUAGAUUCACUUUUGAAUGACUCAAAACUUAAGCCUAAAGUACUCUUGACAUACUUCGAUAUCCGAAAAGGUCUAGAUGGUUCCCUUGAUAAGGCAAUUAAGGCUCUUUGUGAUGAAGCUGAUGCUGCUGUGAGGAAUGGUUCUCAACUUCUUGUGCUUUCUGAUCGUUCUGAAGCACUUGAACCAACUCGUCCUGCCAUCCCGAUACUUCUAGCUGUUGGUGCCAUCCACCAGCAUUUGAUUCAAAAUGGCCUCCGGAUGUCUGCUUCGAUUGUUGCUGAUACUGCUCAGUGUUUUAGCACCCAUCAGUUUGCCUGCUUGAUUGGAUAUGGAGCUAGUGCUAUAUGUCCGUAUCUAGCACUAGAAACGUGCCGGCAAUGGAGGCUGAGCAACAAAACUGUUAAUUUGAUGCGGAAUGGAAAGAUGCCCACGGUGACCAUAGAGCAAGCCCAAAGAAACUUUAUCAAGGCAGUAAGAUCUGGCCUGCUCAAGAUUCUUUCAAAAAUGGGAAUAUCAUUGCUCUCAAGUUAUUGUGGAGCCCAAAUCUUUGAAAUUUAUGGCCUGGGUCAAGAGGUUGUUGAUCUUGCCUUCUGUGGAAGUGUAUCGAAAAUUGGAGGUCUCACCCUUGAUGAGCUGGGUAGAGAAACAUUAUCAUUCUGGGUGAAGGCGUUCUCAGAAGAUACUGCCAAGAGGCUAGAGAACUUUGGAUUCAUUCAAUCCAGACCUGGAGGUGAAUAUCAUGCAAAUAACCCUGAGAUGUCAAAGCUUCUGCACAAAGCAGUUCGUGAAAAAAGUGAUAAUGCAUACACCGUCUACCAACAACAUCUUGCAAGCCGUCCUGUCAAUGUUCUUCGAGAUCUUCUAGAAUUGAAGAGUGAUCGUGCCCCUAUUCCCAUCGGCAAAGUUGAGCCUGCAACCUCCAUCGUUGAGCGAUUUUGUACAGGUGGAAUGUCCCUUGGAGCCAUUUCCAGAGAAACACAUGAAGCUAUUGCAAUUGCAAUGAAUAGAAUAGGAGGGAAAUCUAACUCAGGAGAAGGUGGUGAGGAUCCAAUCCGCUGGAGUCCCCUUGCAGAUGUUGUUGAUGGGUAUUCUCCAACACUUCCUCAUCUCAAGGGUCUACAGAAUGGAGACACUGCCACAAGUGCCAUUAAGCAGGUUGCAUCUGGACGUUUUGGGGUUACACCAACAUUUUUAGUAAAUGCUGAACAAAUUGAGAUCAAGAUUGCACAAGGGGCGAAGCCUGGUGAAGGGGGCCAACUUCCGGGGAAAAAAGUCAGUGCAUACAUUGCUCGGUUGAGAAACUCCAAACCUGGAGUUCCUCUCAUAUCCCCUCCUCCCCACCAUGACAUCUAUUCCAUCGAGGAUCUCGCACAGUUAAUUUAUGAUCUCCAUCAGAUCAAUCCUAAAGCGAAGGUAUCUGUAAAGCUUGUAGCUGAAGCAGGAAUUGGAACUGUAGCUUCUGGAGUAUCUAAAGGAAACGCAGACAUAAUUCAGAUAUCGGGCCAUGAUGGUGGCACUGGGGCUAGCCCAAUUAGUUCAAUCAAGCAUGCUGGGGGUCCUUGGGAACUUGGUCUUUCAGAAACACACCAGACACUUAUACAAAAUGGAUUGAGAGAGAGGGUGGUACUUAGGGUGGAUGGUGGAUUCAGAAGUGGCCUAGAUGUCCUUAUGGCCGCUACCAUGGGCGCCGAUGAAUAUGGUUUUGGUUCUGUGGCUAUGAUAGCUACUGGAUGUGUCAUGGCACGCAUUUGCCACACAAACAAUUGCCCAGUUGGAGUUGCUAGUCAGAGAGAAGAACUUCGUGCUAGAUUUCCUGGUGUUCCUGGUGAUCUUGUGAACUACUUCCUCUUUGUCGCAGAAGAGGUACGAGCGACACUGGCUCAGUUGGGUUUUGAAAAGCUUGAUGACAUAAUUGGGCGAACAGAUUUGCUUAAAGCAAAGCAUGUCUCUUUGGCAAAGACUCAACACAUUGACCUUAAAUACCUCUUAUCGAGUGCUGGGUUACCCAAAUGGAGUAGCUCUCAGAUAAGGAGUCAAGAAGUCCACACUAAUGGCCCUAUUCUUGAUGAGACUAUCCUUGCAGAUCCUGAUAUAACUGAUGCAAUUGAGAAUGAAAAGGAGGUCUCCAAGACAUUUCAAAUUUAUAAUGUUGAUAGGGCUGUCUGUGGUCGGGUAGCAGGUGUCAUUGCCAAGAAAUAUGGUGACACAGGCUUUGCAGGCCAGCUCAACAUUACGUUUACUGGAAGUGCAGGGCAGUCCUUUGGAUGUUUUCUUACUCCUGGAAUGAAUAUUCGACUAGUUGGAGAGGCCAACGAUUAUGUGGGAAAGGGUAUGGCAGGUGGAGAGUUGGUUGUAGUUCCUGUAGAUAAAACAGGAUUCGUUCCUGAGGAUGCUGCUAUAGUUGGAAACACUUGUCUGUAUGGAGCUACUGGUGGUCAGGUAUUUGUGAGAGGCAAAACAGGUGAAAGAUUUGCAGUUAGAAACUCUCUUGGUGAAGCAGUGGUUGAGGGCACGGGAGAUCAUUGCUGCGAGUAUAUGACUGGUGGCUGUGUAGUUGUACUUGGCAAAGUUGGGAGGAACGUUGCAGCUGGAAUGACGGGUGGCCUUGCCUAUAUUCUAGAUGAGGAUGAUACACUCGUCCCAAAGGUCAACAAGGAGAUUGUCAAGAUGCAGAGAGUGAAUGCUCCAGCGGGGCAGAUGCAGCUGAAGAGCUUAAUUGAGGCUUACGUUGAAAAAACAGGCAGCGAGAAAGGUGCCAAAAUUUUGAGAGAAUGGGAGGCAUAUUUGCCACUCUUCUGGCAACUGGUACCACCCAGUGAAGAAGACUCGCCUGAAGCUUGCGCCGAGUUUGAAAGAGUACUUGCCAAACGAGCAACAACAGUACAAUCGGCCAAGUGAUCAGAUUAGACAGCAGGAAGGUGUUCUUUCUUUGAUACUUUCCAAGUGAUUUUGUCCUGGGACAGCAUCAAGGGAAAAAAAAAUAACUGGCAUACUUGUGAAGCACCGAAGUGCCCCCCGUGACCGCGAUUUUGUGGGAGCUCUUCUGCCCAAGGCAUCUUUUGAAACGAGUUCGCAUGAUUCGUGGAGGAUUCUUCUUUACGCCCUUGCACGGCCUAGGUAACCGUCCCCUGUAAAUUGGUUUGCUGACGCUAGGUUGCAGAGGCAGUGAAGACCCACUUCUAAACUUCUCCAUUCCUGUACAGGAUUCUUGCACUAUGUAAUCAUAUUUUCUGGGCACAUUAGUUUUUACUGCAUUUAUACCCGUCCAGUGAGGGGCAUGCAAGUCGCAUGUGCAUACAUCUAUAGUGAAUAAAGUGUACGGUCAAGUAGAUUUCGUUUCAUGAACUGUUGCUCGUGAUGCGAUCGUGUUAUAAAGGCUCGACAGCUUGACA